AUGUCCAAGCCAAGCAUUCUCUUCGUUCUCACCUCACACAACAAGCUCGGCGACACAGGCAAGCCUACCGGCUGGUACCUGCCCGAGCUUGCCCACCCCUACCACGUCCUACGCAACAAAGCCAACAUCACCGUUGCAUCUCCCAAGGGCGGUGAGGCACCCCUCGACCCUGCGUCCGUCGAAGCCGCGAAAGACGAUGUAUCCGUCAACUUCCACAAGAACGACGAGCAGGUCUGGAAGACAACCCAGAAGCUGAGCGACUUCAAGGGCAAGGCGAAGGACUUUGACGCCAUCUUCUACGUUGGUGGUCACGGACCCAUGUUCGAUCUCGUCGACGAUGCGACGUCACAACAACUUAUCAGGGAGUUUUGGGAAGCGGACAAGAUCGUAUCGGCUGUAUGCCAUGCACCCGCUGUGUUCUAUGACGCUAAGCUGAGCGAUGGAAGUCUGCUUGUUGCUGGCAAGGAGGUCACCGCAUUCACAAACGCUGAGGAGGAGCAAGUAGGCUUGAGCAAGGUUGUACCGUUCUUGCCUGAGGAUGCCCUACAGAAGGCGAGUGGAGGCAAGUUUGUCAAGGCAGCGGAGCCCUGGGGCGAAAAGAUUGCCGUUUCUGGUCGAUUGAUCACUGGACAGAACCCUGCGAGUGCAACAGCGGUUGGAGAGGCGAUCGCAAAGGCAUUGGGCAUUUAA